AUGAAGAACAGCCUCGCUGCCUCGGCAGGUCUGAAGGCACAGCAUAUUUUUCUCACGUCCUGUAACGAUCGUGCACAGCACUCAGAGCACUCCGACGACGGGAAUAACCCUAUAGUACCAGCACGACUUCCGUUAGCUCUGGACCCUUCCCAGCUGACUAGGAUUGAUAUGCUGUCAUCAACCAUCGGAUCGGCCCUGUACCAGGAAGCCACAGUGCUGAUAGAAGAGAAGCGCGUACAGUCGAAUAUGAAAGGGAAGAUCAAACCACAUACAUUCCCUUGCCUAAGGUACAUUGAAGAACGAGGGGGCUUCCGGUUGGUCUUUCAAUUCCCUUCCAGCACUGAGAAGGCUCGUUCCCUGCUAAGCGUAUUAUCAAGAUCCAAUGGGCCAUUGCCAGAUGUUGGCACACGUUUUAGUUUAGCUGUGCAGGUGUGCCAGAAGCUCCUCAGCUCUCAUACUGCCGGCUGGCUCCAUAAAGACCUCCGGUUUGAGAACAUUCUACCCAUCCCUUCACUCUCUGCCCAGUCGACAGACCGCCUGGAUCGACCAUAUCUCUGCGGCUUCUCAGUCGCAAGGCAAGAAUGGACGACCCUUCGAAAGAUUGUCAAGAAGCGCAUCGACACCAGUAGUAGCGUCGACGUGAAAUUGAGUGGUGUUGCAUUGCUCUCGCGGUUGAUGCAUGGUCGAUAUAUUACUGAGGGAGUCGCAGCAUUUCGACUUAGGGCUGUGUUCAUGAACAUGCUUGCUCUGUGCAUUCCAGCUAGAGAUGAAAAGCCGAUUUGGCCGACUUUUACUCUGCGCUUGAAGACAUGGCCGCUUGUGACAUUUAAUUAG